CCUCCGCCCCGCCCUUUCCUCCCGGGGGCCGCGCUCUCCAGCCUGCCCGCCCUAGACUGCCCCGGACCGCCCCGCGCUGGGAAUUUGCGGCGGCAUCCGCCGUUCCCGCCGAGCUGAACCGGUCUUUUCCUCGGAAAGGCAGGGCCGAGAGGCCCACGGGGCAGUCAUGGAGGCGGCGCGGAGGCGGCAGCACCCGGGAGCGGCAGGCGGCCCGGGCGCGCAGCUGGGCGCCUCCUUCCUGCAGGCCAGGCAUGGCUCUGUCAGCGCUGAUGAGGCUGCCCGCACAGCUCCCUUCCACCUCGACCUCUGGUUCUACUUCACGCUGCAGAACUGGGUUCUGGACUUUGGGCGCCCCAUUGCCAUGCUGGUAUUCCCUCUCGAAUGGUUUCCACUCAACAAGCCCAGCGUUGGGGACUACUUCCACAUGGCCUACAACGUCAUCACGCCCUUUCUCCUGCUCAAGCUCAUCGAGCGGUCGCCCCGCACCCUGCCGCGCUCUAUCACCUACGUGAGCAUCAUCAUCUUCAUCAUGGGUGCCAGCAUCCACCUGGUGGGCGACUCUGUCAACCACCGCCUGCUCUUCAGUGGCUACCAGCACCACCUGUCUGUCCGCGAGAACCCCAUCAUCAAGAAUCUCAAGCCGGAGACGCUGAUCGACUCCUUUGAGCUGCUGUACUAUUAUGAUGAGUACCUGGGUCACUGCAUGUGGUACAUCCCCUUCUUCCUCAUCCUCUUCAUGUACUUCAGCGGCUGCUUUACUGCCUGUAAAGCUGAGAGGUGGAUGCCAGGGCCUGCCCUGCUCCUGGUGGCGCCCAGUGGCCUGUACUACUGGUACCUGGUCACCGAGGGCCAGAUCUUCAUCCUCUUCAUCUUCACCUUCUUUGCCAUGCUGGCCCUCGUCCUGCACCAGAAGCGCAAGCGCCUCUUCCUGGACAGCAACGGCCUUUUCCUCUUCUCCUCCUUCACACUGACCCUCUUGCUGGUGGCGCUCUGGGUCGCCUGGCUGUGGAAUGACCCUGUUCUCAGGAAGAAGUACCCGGGUGUCAUCUACGUCCCUGAGCCCUGGGCUUUCUACACCCUUCACGUCAGCAGUCGGCACUGAGUCCCUGGCACCAGGCUGUGGUGCUCUGCUGGGUGGGAGGUGGGCCAUAGAGGGUGUCUGAAUACAGGGGUAGGGGGUGUGGUGUGGGUGUGUAACCGGAGACUGAGAGCAUGAGUGGGGUGUGCCUUGUGUGCGUGGAUUCGUGUGUGCGUGGAUUCAUAUGUGUGUGUGUCUUGUAUAUGUGUGUGUAGAGUGCAUCAUUUUCAGACUCUACUAUUUCCGUCAAGUUUCUGUUUGAUUUGGAUCAUCUCAGGAUCGGAUUCUGUUUUAGAGUGUUUCUGGGCCAGGAUCCGGGCCCCUGCCCUCCUCUGCACCUGACCACACUCUCCCUGCUGGGGCUGGUCUGUUCUUCUGGUAGCUGUGCAGGAGAGGGCUGGGUGGGGCAGAGGCCAGGAGGGGACCUGGUGUGUCGCCCACCCACCACCUGGCUCAUCCCUCAGGCCUACCCUGACCCUACAUUAAUUACAUAGGUUACAUCAACCUCUGUGGCUGUUGAGUAAAGCAUUUCUCCUGUCUGGACCUCAUUUGCACUAGAUGGGCCUGUGGUCCCAAAGUAGGUCAGUGGGUUGGGGUUGCUGACACCCCUUGGGGGCAGCUUUGGGACAGAUGAGUGGCUUGGUCCUGUCACUGCCCUCUCCCUGCCUAGGGGCUAUGUGCACUCCAGACCCUGCCCAGGCUCAGGCCUAUGAGGUGUGGAGCCAGCCUGACCCCCAGGAGCCAGAGGCACCGCCAACUCCCCUGGCAUUCCAGCUCUCCAGGCGACCCUCCUCUACCCAAAGCUCUGUCUCCCGCUCCCGCUCCAGAAGAACUGUGGCCACAGGCUUUGAGCGCCUGCAUUCCUGGGUGGUGGGGCCAAAGGCCCUGAGCAAAAGCUGGAGCUCCUCUCAUCAAAGCCUUUACAAGGUGCUGGGUCCAGAGGCUUUGCCUUGACAGCAUGACCCCUGGUUUGGAGGGAGGAGGAGCCUCCCCUACCUAGGACCCCUCCCAUGGGGGGGUCUACAGAGUCGGGGACAGAAGGGAAGGGACCCACAGGAAGUCAUGGUGGUGCCCAGGGAUGGGAAGGGACCCCCAGCCACGGGGACCCGGGAUUCAAGAAUAAAGCAAACAGUCACAGCUGCAGUUGCUGUUGGAGGUGUUUUUGUCUUUUCUCCCUUUUGUGCUGAGGUGUAGCACACACGGUGCGCCCCACAGCGUGGUGAGUUGCUGUAUCGUGAACCCCCACGCAGCCAUUGCCCCAUGCCGAUGUUUUCCAUCUGUGCCGCAUCCCCUGGGGACACCUACACACGUGAGGAGGGAGUUGGCCAGGGCACCCCAGCACACACUGGCCUAACUCCGAGGAGCCACCUCAUCUCUCCUGGAGCACCUUCCCACAGGCAGAGGGAUUCGGUGGGAUUGUGUUGGCCUGGCCGCCUGCAGGCUUCCAGAGCCCAGGUGACUCCUUAACGUCCUUCUCUCCAUCGUCUGCACAGAGGCAGCCUGUCCUCUAUCCCUGCCCCGGGGGAAGGGAGCAGGGGCCUCCAACUCUGACAGGGAGGAGUCGAGUCCCCAGCUAAAAUUCUGUGGGUCUAGAAACAGGUGUAAAGAGGCGACUCUGGGGAUGUGAUUUGGGGGAAAAGCACCCUUUCCACACAGGCAGUCAGGAAAGGGGAGAGGAGGGGAGAAUGGGGCACAGGCAGCCCCUCCUGUCCCUGUGCCUGUGUGCAAACUGGCACGAUGCCCCCCUUCCUAUGGGCAGUGCAGCCCCUGGCCAGCAACCCCUCGCACCUGGGUUGGGGGCCCUUGUGUAGGGCACACCUGUGCGGCCACACCUACUUGUGGGCCGGACCUCGGGUGUAGAGCCCCAUAGACUCAGCUGUGGACAAAAACCUCACGCCCCAAACAGGGAAAUGGGAUCUCAAGGGGAAGAAGCCAGGGAAGCCUCACACCGUGCCCCCGUUUCCUCCUAUGUGGGGGAAGGGAGCAGCACGAAGCCCUGAGGACUUGGGAGCAUCAGCAGCUUCUGCGGAAGGGGUGGGGCUGAGGGUGGAGAGAGGAAAGGAAGGAAGAAAAGGGGAGCCUUCCUGGCCAGGGUAACUGGCACUAAGAGGCCUCACUCCAAGCCCCUGAGGAGCCUGCAGUGGGGCUGGAGACCCAGCCCAGGCCCCUCCCCGACCUGUAAAGUCCCCAGAAGGCAGGAGGUGAACUGGCACAGGCUGGGAACCGGCUGUGCGCUGGCCGCUUGAUUUCGCCAACGGCCCUGUCAUUCAGCUGGUGAGGAAACUGAGGCACACACUGAGGUAGAAUGACUUGCCAGUCACUCAGCAGGUCAGCAGGCGGGGAGGACUGAAUCCCAGCCUGAGAGCACCGAAGCUUGUGUCCCUGCAGUACCGAGCCCCAAGCCUGCGCGCCCCAAGCCUGCGCGCCCUGGUGCCCAUCUCUGAGUUGGACCGUCUUGGAAGGGUUCCCUUCCUCCUCCAAGAUGGUGUGUGAGGAGCCUUCAGUAUGACCCAGGGUGUAAAGUGUCCAACUCUAGUCGGGGCUUGAUGGUGUCCCCGCCGAGUCCCAGGAGAGAGAAGACCCCUUCCUGGAGUCCAGGGCUCCCAGGAAGAAACUGGCAUUUGUGCCUUUGCUGCGGCUUCUGGAGGCGGAGACUCUGAGCCCUGGGAGAGCCUUCCACAGCCCCGUUUCCUCAAAAAUCCAACCUGCCUGGGUGGCGGGUCCUGAGCUGUGCUCAGGAAGCUGGAAUCUGACCCUGGUGGCGUCGGGCCCGGUCUCCAUGGCAGCCGAGCAUUUAUUACCCGGGCCUCCACCCAGCUUGGCAGACUUUAGACUUGAGGCUGGAGGAAACUGAACGCGGUUCUGGGAGCAGCGAACGCACGGGUGGCAGCCGGGGCCUCAGGAUGAUGGAAAUGGAGAGCUGGAUUUCUCCACUUUUCUGACCAUUAUGCACAUGCAAAUAAAACAAGAAGACCCAAAGAAAGAAAUUCUUCUAGCCAUGUUGAUGGCGGACAAGGAGAAGAAAGGUUACAUCAUGGCGUCCGACCUGCGGUCAAAACUUACGAGCCUCGGGGAGAAGCUCACCCACAAGGAAGUGGAUGAUCUUUUCAGGGAAGCAGGUAUCGAACCCAACGGCAAAGUGAAGUAUGAUGAAUUUAUCCACAAGAUCACCCUUCCUGGACAGGACUAUUGAAGGAGGAGAAUGCGAGAGCCUCCCCUGGGCCUGAAAACUUGGAGCGAUUAAUUUUUAAAAAGAAAAGUGUUAUUUUCACUUGGGGGAGAUGGCAAACACAGUGGCAAGACAACAUUACCCAACUACUGAAGAGAGGCUAACUAGCAACAAUAAUAGAUGAUUUCAGCCAUGCAUGGUUGGUAAAUGUGGGACACUGAGGGAAAUUAACCUUCUCUACAACUGGACAGAAGAACGUAGAGGGAUAUGUUUUCCACUGGAUCAUUCAAACAGUUUGUAUAAUUCAGCAUCAUACACAAAGUUAUUGAUCAGAAUUUUGAGACCACUAACAAUGACACAUAAAAAAACAGGAAGAAAACUAUUCAUUUUACCUAAGACAGCUGAAUUAGUAAAAAUAUGUUUCCUAAACCAAUGUAAAAUCAGAAAACAAACUCCCCACAAUUUUGGUAAUUUCUACCCCAGUCCAAAUUUAGACACAAAUUAUGGUACUAUUAGAAAUUAGCCUAAAUUAAUAUGACAUUUGCUCACUGUAAUACCAGAUUCAUUAAAAAACGUAACUGUUUCCUGGUUAA